CAUCAAAGUCGUUCAGUUAGUCGUUAACUAGGCAGUCAUACCAAAAGUUAUAUACAUUUUUUACUUUACCAUCCUAUUUACAUUCUCCACCAUGCGUCAGUCUAUCCUUUUCGUAACUUCAUUCGUGGCAGCCUUCGCCGCUGGGAAGGACAUCACCUAUGACUGCGAGCAGACGCCCGAGAUCUGCCUCAACACCUGCUGGGCCAUCAAGUGCAUGAAGUUCCCCGCGGUGCUCGACGGAGGGAACCAAAAGGACGCCGCAGCCUCGGCGAAAUACGGCGAUACCAACCGCCGAGCCUGGGGUUACGGCUCCAAGCCUUGUGAAAAGCAUGACUGGGCCUGGACAACUCCGAGUGGGCAGGCAGCGACCUCGCCUGACGAGUACCCCUAUGCCUCGUCUGCCUCGGGAGGAUUGCAGACUUCCUAUGGAUAUGUUCAGUUGCGUUGUGUUCCGUCCACUGAGCAGAGCAAGCAAGGGGCUAAGGUCAAGGGGAUCGGAACCUCGAGCGACAAAUGGCAGACCAAGUGGGAUAACAUCAGCAAGCUAUCCCAGGACUGGUGCGGUCCCAACCCGACAUGCCAGAACGACGGCCACCAGUUUACUUCGACGGGGAAGAACGGUCCGUUCAGCGAGGUUCCUAACCCAAAGAAGGUCCGCGACAUCGCAAGCUACUCCGAGGAUGGAAACUCUGCCUGGGUUACCAUGCGUGGUGAUGAGCCUGUUGAUCCCGAGGAGGAGGAGGGGGUUGAAGAAAAGCGUGAUGCCAGCAACUCCGUCGGGGUUCCGUUCCAAGCUUAAGUGCGUGGAAGUCGUGUGCUUUGUAGCCAGAGAAGGCUGCACUCAUCAAAAUUGGGGUAAGGGGGUGGCAGAGAGAGAUUAUCAUCUGCUUUGACUAGGUGCUUAGGUACCAACUAACUGUAUACUAUCAUUGAGAAUUCACUUCCACAUAUAGAUAUUUGAUUAUUUAUGGG